AUAAUCGGGCUGCCUCAGUGAGCAUGUGUUGUGUGCGUGCAUGUGUGUGUGUUUGUGCAUGUGCGUACGUGCGCUUGGUGGUGCAAAAUUUUUCUCGAAGUGCAACCGUGCGGACGCAAACGGAGUGAAAGUGCGCAAUCACGCCGAACCGCUUUUCUUCACCAGCUCGGCUGUGAAAGCUGGAGCAAUUAGAGCAACUCGCGAAACUUUCCAAGAUGAACCGUAAGGCGGAGCUGGAGCGGAAGAAGGCCAAACUGCAGGCCCUCCGCGAGGAGAAGGACCGCAGGCGGAAGGAGAAGGAGCAGAAGGAUCUGGAGGAGGCGUCCGGCAAGCUGGGCCACUCAGAAACCAGCACACGGAAGGAUCUGGAUGAGAUGCUUUCGUCGCUGGGUGUGGCGCCCGUGUCCGAGGUGCUGUCCUCGCUGUCCUCGGUCAAUUCGGCCACCUCCGACCAGUCCACCACCCACACGCCCGACGCCAGCCUGCAGCCCAGCAUCAACGGUGCGAGCUAUCGCAAGAAGCCGGUCAACCUGUGCCUGGUAUCGGUGCAGGCCACCAACAUUCCCCCGAAGGAGACGGUCGUCUACUCGAAGCAAACACAAACGAACAGCUCCGGCGGUCACGAGCGCGACGUUUUUUCUUGCCAUUCCUCACCUCUGUCAGGAUAUAUGGAGGAUUGGUGGAGACCGCGCAAAGCUCACGCAACCGACUAUUACGAUGAGUACAAUCUUAACCCCGGUUUAGAGUGGGAGGAUGAGUUUACAGGUGACGAUGAGGAAAGCUCCCUCACCCAUAUCGACCAUGGGUUCCACUCGAAGCUGCCGCCCGGCAUCCUCCCCCACGGGCUGCCGACGGUCAAGGAGGUCGCACCAGCCAUCACGCCGCAGGAGCAGAAAAAGGAAGACCUCAAGGAGGUGAAAGAGCUCUCCGCCGAGCAGAAGCAGAUGAUCAUACUGUCGGAAGACUUCCAGCGGUUCAUCCUGCGCGCCGGCAAGGUGAUGGAGCGGGCACUCUCCGAAACGGUCGACAUCUACACGGACUACAUCGGCGACGGCGAGGCGGACGAUAUGAACGAUGAAAAGUCACACGCAAGGCUGUCGCUGAACCGCACCUUCUACUGCGACCGCUGGUCGAAGAACCGGUGCGUCACGUCGUUCGACUGGUCGACGCACUUCCCCGAGCUGAUGGUGGCGUCCUACCACAGCAACGAGGAGACACCGAACGAGCCGGACGGUGUGGUGGUGGUGUGGAACACCAAGUUCAAGAAGCAGACGCCGGAGGAGGUGUUCCACUGUCAGAGCGCGGUCAUGUCGACGUGCUUUGCCAAAUUUCACCCGAACCUGAUCCUCGGCGGCACCUACUCCGGCCAGAUCGUGCUGUGGGACAACCGGGUGCAGAAGCGCACCCCGAUCCACCGGACGCCGCUGAGCGCCAACGCGCACACGCAACCGGUGUACUGUCUGUCGAUGGUCGGCACGCAGAACGCGCACAACGUCAUCUCGAUCAGCUCCGAUGGCAAGCUGUGCUCGUGGAGCCUGGACAUGCUGUCCCAGCCGCAGGACGUGCUCGAGCUGCAGCACCGCCAGUCUAAAGCCAUCUCCGUCACGUGCAUGGCGUUCCCGCACAACGAGGUGAACAACUUUGUGCUGGGCGGCGAGGACGGCUACGUCUACUCGGCCAGCCGGCACGGCAACCGGUCCGGCAUCGGCGAAACGUACGAGAAGCAUCUCGGGCCGGUGACGGGCAUCUCGGCCCACCACAACCAGUCGUCGCCCGACUUCGGGCACCUGUUUCUCACCUCCUCGAUCGACUGGACGAUCAAGCUGUGGAGCCUGAAGGACAACAAGCCGCUGUACUCGUUCGAGGACAACUCGGACUACGUGAUGGACGUCGCCUGGUCGCCGAUCCAUCCGGCCCUGUUUGCCGGCGUGGACGGCAGCGGCCGGCUCGACCUGUGGAACCUCAACCAGGACACGGAGGUGCCGACCGCCUCGAUCACGGUCGACGGGCAGCCGGCGCUGAACCGCGUCUCCUGGACGCCGUCCGGCCUGCACGUGACGGUCGGGGACGAGGCGGGCCGCAUCCACGUGUACGACGUGGCGGACAAUCUCGCCAACCCGCGCAUGGACGAGUGGAACAAGCUGAACGCGGUGCUGUACGAGCUCAAGAUGAACCAGACGGACGAGUUCGACGAGAAGGACCAGAAGUCGCCGGUGCCGCAGAACACCAGCACCGCCAGCGCGCUCACCUCCCUCUCCAGCUCGCCGCUCAUAUGAAACUCAAUGAUGCGACCG